AUGUCUCAGGCGGCUGACAACAGUUCGCAGCGCCUCGCUCUCUCAACCCGGGACCCUUAUCUUAAAGGUACCGUCCUUGACUCCAUACUCAUCGACACAUCUCAAGUUCGAGAUGUCAAAACCUUUUUCAAAGACCUUGCCGAUUAUUGUGGCGGCUCUUCGCACUUAUGGUACGUUAAGGAGCAACCACGUACUGAAGGCAAGCGUAUUUUUGUAGAAGCAGUAGUAUCAUCCCUUAUGCGGGAACAAAUGUGUUGUAAGGACGGCUUCCAUCUACCUUCCUUCAACAGUCCCUUUUAUGCUUUUGACUCUCUCUCUUCUGAUGAUGAUAUUGUUAAGAUCCAACUCUCCAAUCUCCCACCACAAUAUGGUCGACUGGAUGGUGGUUAUGAUGAAUUGAAACAGGAUAUUUUGAACAGUGCUGUCCCAUUUUGA